GUUACAUUGCUCUUAAUAAGAUCAGUUACAACCCAAAAAAAAAAAAAUAUAAAUAGAAAAAGAAAAUUCUCUUCUUUCACUGAAACACCGCAUUUAUCACCGUCGGAUCUUUUUCGUGAUUCGUUACACUUUAUUUGUACAAUUUGCAGUGCUACUCAUUCUCUCCUCUCUUCUCUAUCUUUCUCUCGGAUUCGGAUUCGUGUUUUUUUCGAAGCUCCGUUUUCAUUUUCGGAUCGGAAUGCGGUGUUCCUCUUAGGUUUUCGCCACCGAAAUCCAGCUUUGGUUCUGCAUUGUUCAUCGGAGCUUCUUUGCUUGACAUGUCGGGCCCACUCGAUCGCUUCGCUAGGCCUUGCUUUGAAGGGUCCUCUGGUAGUGAUGAGAGAAGAGACGAGAGAAGAGAAAGGAAAUCUGAUUUUGAAAACUCUGAGGAUGAAAGGAGGACCAGAAUGGGGUCUCUGAAAAAGAAAGCGCUCAAUGCAUCUACCAAAUUUAAACACUCUCUCAAGAAGAAGAGCAGUAGAAGAAAAAGUGAUGGCCGAGUCAGCUCUGUUUCCAUUGAGGAUGUUAGGGAUGUUGAGGAGCUACAGGCCGUUGAUGGAUUUCGACAAUCACUCGUAAUGGAUGAAUUGCUACCGGAAAAACAUGAUGAUUACCAUAUGAUGUUGAGGUUUUUGAAAGCUAGGAAGUUUGAUAUCGAAAAAGCAAAGCAUAUGUGGGCUGAUAUGCUUCAGUGGAGGAGGGAAUUUGACGCUGACACUAUUAUGGAGGAUUUCGAGUUCAAAGAGUUGCAUGAAGUUUUAAAAUAUUAUCCUCAUGGUCAUCAUGGUGUGGACAAGGAAGGAAGACCUGUUUAUAUUGAAAGACUGGGAAAGGUUGAUCCUAACAAACUUAUGCAAGUUACAACCAUGGAUCGGUAUGUAAAAUAUCAUGUGCGGGAGUUUGAGAAAAGCUUUGCCAUAAAGUUUCCAGCUUGUACCAUUGCUGCAAAGAGGCACAUAGAUUCAAGCACUACAAUCUUAGAUGUUCAAGGCGUGGGCUUUAAGAACUUUACAAAAUCUGCACGGGAUCUCAUCAUGCGGUUGCAGAAGAUUGAUGGUGACAAUUAUCCAGAGACUCUUUGUCAGAUGUUUAUCAUCAAUGCUGGCCCUGGAUUUAGGCUACUAUGGAAUACUGUCAAGACUUUCCUAGAUCCGAAAACAACUUCCAAGAUUCAUGUUCUUGGAAACAAAUACCAGAGCAAAUUGCUUGAGAUAAUUGAUGCCAGUGAGUUGCCAGAAUUUCUGGGUGGUACCUGUACCUGUGCAGAUCAGGGAGGUUGCCUCCGGUCUGACAAGGGGCCAUGGAAAAACCCUGAAAUUUUAAAGAUGGUUCUUAAUGGUGAAGCACGGCGUGCCAGGCAGGUUGUGAAAGUUUUAAACAGCGAGGGGAAGGUUGUUGCUUAUGCUAAGCCGCAGUACCCAAUGCAGUUAAAAGGAAGUGAUACAUCCACAGCUGAAUCAGGAUCUGAAGCUGAAGACAUCACUUCCCCAAAAGCAAAUAGGAGUUAUUCACACCUUCGAUUGACUCCCGUUCGUGAAGAAGCUAAGGUGGUUGGAAAGGCAAGCUAUGCAAGUAGCUUCCCAGGGUAUGAUGAAUAUGUUCCAAUGGUUGACAAGGCUGUCGAUGCUAGUUGGAAGAAGCAAGUGUCCCUCCAGACACCUUGUGUACCUGUUGCUUCCAAAGGGACUCUUCCCCCAUCUGACAACCAAAAGCCACCUGAAGGGAUUCGUGGUCAUAUUUUUGUGGCUGUUAUGACCUUCUUCAUGACCUUUUUCACUGUCUUCCGUUCAGUGGCUGGUCGUGUGACAAAUAAACUUCCUGAAACACUACCUAAUUGUGAACAAAAUACUCCUGAUGCAACAGACAAAGAGGAGUUUCACCCCACUUCACCAACUCCAUCUUACACAGAGGCAGAGCUCCUGUCUUCUGUGCUGAACAAGCUUGGUGAGCUUGAAGAGAAGGUCACCAUGCUCCAAUCAAAGCCAUCUGAGAUGCCCUAUGAGAAAGAGGAAUUGCUUAAUGCUGCUGUCUGUCGUGUGGAUGCCCUAGAAGCAGAGCUAAUUGCAACUAAACAGGCUCUCUAUAAUGCUUUAAUGAGACAAGAAGAAUUACUUGCUUACAUAGACAGACAAGAGGAAGAAAAGUUGCGGAAAAAGAAGUUUUUUUGCUGGUGAGAUGUUUUGCUGAUGGAGAUACUGCAGAAGAUUUGUUUGAUCAUGCGAUGUAAACAAUCUUAAAAAGUGUGAUUUUCUGUCCAUGUCUAUUGAGAAACAGACAUUGUAAAGAAACGUUAAGGCGGUAGAUGUUCUGAAACUAUCACUGCUGUUUGAUUUUAUAAUUUUAAGCCUUCAUAUAAUGUUUGGAAAGAGCAGACUUCAGACCCAUCUGGUUUUCAUAUCUAUUAAAGCUAGUUUGAUACUA